AUGAAGGAAGUACAAGUCGCAAAGGGGCUCCAAACUGCCAUAAAGGAUGUGCCUAUCCCAGAGCCGGGACCAGAUCAGUUAGUUAUCAAGGUGGCUGUUUCAGGGAGCAAUCCCAAGGAUUGGAAAAUCGCAGAGUGGAUCCCAGACUACAAUGCCAACUCUGGAGACGACAUCGCAGGCAUCGUCCACAGCGUCGGCGCCAACGUCUGGGAAUUCAAGCCCGGCGACCGUGUCGCCUCCUUCCACGAGAUGCUCACCCCAGGCGGCUCCUUUGCAGAAUACGCUCUCGGCUGGCAACACGCGACCGUCCACAUCCCGCACAACAUCAGCUUCGAGCAAGCCGCAACCAUCCCGCUCGCCGCUCUCACCGCAGCCAUCGGCCUCCACCAGCGCCUCGGCCUACCGGACCCAUGGACGCCAGCCAAAGAGCCCAUUCCCCUUGUCGUCUAUGGCGGCGCUGCAGCCGUAGGGGCCUAUACCAUCCAGCUUGCGCGCCGCGCAAACAUCCACCCCAUCAUCGCCGUCGCCGGGCGCGCUCAAAAAUUUGUAGAAGGCUUGAUCGACCGCAGCAAAGGUGACACCAUUGUCGACUACCGCCAAGGCGAUGAGGCUGUCGUGAACGGGAUCCGGGAUGCGCUCCGCGGCGCGAAAUUAUCUUUUGCGUUUGAUGCGACAAGCGAACACAACAGCUAUGUCAAUAUUUGCAAGGUUUUGGAGAAGGAUGGGCAUUUGACGCUGGUGUUGCCGGGCAAGGGGUAUGAGGGCAUUCCAGAGACGGUCCAUCAGACGAUGACGAAUGUGGGGGAGGCGCAUAAAGGGGACAAGGAUUAUGCAUAUGUGGCGUUUAGGUAUAUCAUGAGAGGGCUUGCCGAGGGUUGGUUCCGACCGCAUCCGCAUGAGGUUGUGCCUGGCGGGUUGCAGGGCGUGGAACAGGGACUGAGGAAUUUGAAGGAUGGCAAGGCGAGUGCGGUCAAGUACGUUUUUAAGAUUUGGAGCGAGUAG